AUGCUUUCCCCGUCUUCCAUCCUCGCGGCGGCCGCUCUCCCGCUCUUGCUGGCGCAGUCUGCCUCUGCUCGUCUCAUGCCGCGUGCGACGAACUACACCCAGGAGGCCGUCGACUCGGGUGAAGCACUCUCGGAUCUUCACGCCCAGGCCUACAACAACGCUCUUGCGCGCCUGGCAGCGAAUGGCACUUCCCAGUGCACCAAGGACAACGUCCGCGUUCGCCGUGAAUGGAGAAACAUGCCUGGCGAGGACCGCAUCGCUUACACAGAUGCCGUCACCUGCCUUCAGUCCAAGGCCCCCCUUUACACCGACAUCGCCGGCUCCAAGUCCAUGUUUGACGACUUUGUGGCCCUGCACCAGAACAUGACUGGUUACGUCCACAUGUCGGCCACGUUCCUCCUUUGGCACCGCUACUACAUCCAUACCUACGAGGAGAAGCUCAGCACCGAGUGUGGCUACACGGGAACACUCCCCUACUGGGAAUGGAGUCUCGACGGCGACGACCCGGCCUCCAGCCCGAUCUUCGACGGCUCUGCGACCUCGAUGGGCAGUGACGGCGCCUACGUCGCCCACGACGGCCUCGUCCUCAACAGCACCGAGCAGGUCAUCACGCUGCCCGCCGGCACCGGCGGCGGCUGCGUGACGUCGGGCCCCUUCACCAACAUGACGGUGCACCUCGGCCCUGAGGCGAUGCCGAACCUCGGCUCCGUGGUGUCCAACAACUCGGACACCCCGACGGCGGACAACCCGCGCUGCCUGAAGCGCGACCUCAACGGCGCCGUCCUGAGGACCUGGGCGAGCUUCCGCAACGUCACGGAUCUCAUCACGGACAACGACAACAUUGAGUGGUUCCAGGGCAUCGCGCAGGGCCAGACCAACUAUUCCGGUCUCGGCCAGCUCGGUGUCCAUGGGGCGGGACACUAUGCUUUCGGGUUGGAUCCCGGUUCUGACGUCUACAUCAGCCCUGGCGACCCGGUGUUCUACCUCCACCACACGCAGCUCGACCGUGUCUACUGGCUGUGGCAGAACCUGGACUGGGAGAACCGUCAAACCAUCUUCGGCACCGGCACCAUGGAGAACAGCCCUCCCAGCCCGGUGGUCCAGCUCGACGACCUUCUCGACUUGGGACCGCUGAACGACGAGAUUUCCCUCAGCAACGCGAUGGACACCAUGGCCGGGCCGUUCUGUUACAUCUACGCGACAGACUAA